AUGCCAGCCGUUGUGUUGGUUCCACGUGUGCCUGGGCCCGUAAACGCGCUGGGCUUUCAUGCGCUCCGCCCGCGGCUCCGCUCACGCUCGCCCGACACGAGGGAGUGCGAUCAUGACUCAAGACAGGAGCUCCGGCAGCAUCGAAGGCACGUGUCAACACGACGCAAGGACCGUCACCGUGCGUUGCACCGAAACUCCCCACUUGUGCGCCCGCAUGCCGGCCCUCGGCUCCGCUCUUGCAGCCGACGGACCGAGGCUUCUCCUCCGCUGCGUUCGCAUGGCGCGGGGGUCGCGGGAGUCACCAGCACAACGGAGGAGGACAGCCACGACAGCCACGAGAGCCACGAGGAAGUGCGCCGGCCGCGAAGGCCUGCACGGCAAGCACGUGCACCAAAGAGAGUGAAGGAACGUCGGCGCGGUCUGCGACACAGCACCCUACGCCCACGCCCUCGUGUCUCUGCAAGGGUACGUGGAUUGCAGCAGGAUCAUGACUUGGAGCUGUUGACGAAGAACCUUUUGCCAACAAGACGGACCAGAGACGAACGGCUUGAAGCACAGGCCCCGUGCUUCCAUGCUCUGCACAUGCUUCAUCUACCUGCUGCUUGCUCCGACUGGUGCUUCUCGGGGUUUGGAGAGGCAGAGCUGCCGGCCUCGAUGGAAACUCAGACACCAGCAGGACACGGGGUCGAGGGUGUCGAGUCGGCGCCAGCUGAGCAUGCUACGAGCGUGGACGCAGCAGCGCCGACGGGGCCCUUUGAGGAGCUGCCGCCGAAGGCGACAUCGACGGCGGUCGAGCCGGUCGCGCAGGAAAAGGGUGCGCCACCAGCCGAGGCCUGCCUGGAAGUCCCGGCGGCUGCUAAGAGACUUCGGCGGCCUCGGUGGUGGCGCCCUCGACGUCCAGUGGUGCCAGCCGCUGUACUCCAGCUUCAGGAGCUUUGCCGCGAAAUGAAGGCGGAGCGCCGUGCGCUCUGCAAGGUGUUGCGUGCGGAGAAGGAUGGUCCUGGACCCCAUGGCCCCUGUGGCGUUGCCGCAGAGCUCCGCCAGUGCUGGCACGAUUUGAAGCCGCGCCUCGAACUUUUGGCGUCGCGUGCGGAGGUCGAGCGCAAGGCACAGAGAGUGCUAACAGCAGAACAUGAAGAGCUGCAGCUGGCCUAUGCGAAGCUCCUGGCAGGCCCGGGCUGGAAGCCUCGGCUCGGGGCCCUCAGGCCGCAGUCGACCUCGUAUCCUCAAAGUGGCGGAGGCGAUGGUCCGACGCCUGAGUCAGAUGACGAUGUCAUCAUCGAAGAGGAUGCUCGAACGCCGAAGGAGCUGCCAGAAGUCACCACACAGAUGCCAACACAGGCCCCGCCUGCGCGGCCCUUAAGUGAGGAGCGAGAGGAGGAGGCGCGUGCAAAGAUCUUGGCACGGGCAGUGAACCUGGCAUUGUGA